UUCUAUUUUCAAAGUGAAUUGAGAAUGAUUUAUUAUACCUGUUUAGUACAUUAGAGAUUUCUAAUGGGAGCUGUUAAGAGAUAUUAACAUCAGAUAGUUGAAAAAGUUGRAGAGAGUCGAAAAGUUGAAAGCUUAAUCAUCACUGGAUAGACGUCUUAAGUUCAAUACAACUUUAUUAAAACUUUGUAAUUAGCAAAUGAUGUGUAAAAUUCAUACAAUAAACUCCAAUAUGCUUAAUACAGAGAUAAGUCAUACAUGUUUUAUAAUUCACUACAGCCCAUUUUAUAAUUUCCAUAUUCCAAAAUUUCAUUUUACAAGGGCCUAGUAUUUGACUUUCCCAACAAAGGGGGUUGACUUUUAAUACUCUGAAACAUACAAGUUUUAAAAAAGUUUUUGAGAUUUACUUCUAGGGAGUAAAGCAGAGAAGAUAUUUUUCUGGAUGACAUCCCCAAAUAGGCACAUUAAUUUAGUUCAUAAAAAAACAAAGCGUUCGGGAUUUAAGAUAGAGGAAAAGGUGGGGGAAGGGAAUAUUUUCCAAUUGAUGGAGGUAGGGAAAAACAAACGUGUUCAGCGCCCAUACAAGAAUCUGCGUUUAAAUGUUGCAAAUACACUUAUCCCACGUGCCACGGCAUACCGGCAGGGCGACAACGUCUCUUCUCAAGUGCGAUUUUUGUGACAUCCAUAAAAAUCUCUUCCACAGUCCCGGGAGAGGCCUGUUUGUUCCUUCAUUGUCCGUGUCGAAGUUUGGACAAAGUUUGAGAGACGCCAGGCACCUGCGGCUCUGACCKUCACCAGGAGCCAGCAGCACCGGGAGCUCUUUCCAAUCUUCGUCUCCAGGUUCCAGCCCUUCAGGACCCGCGGCCUCAGCGCCCCACUUCCGCCCCCCUGAGAAACUGCUAUUUCUGGGAGGGGGACCUGCUGCUCCCCGCUACUACGCCAAGGUGUGCGCCCGCAGAAGGGAGGCAGACUGCUACGCCGUAGUAGCUAGCCCACGUCGUCUCUCCAAGUAGUAGCGGCUGGACUCGGGUUCCCGAACAGUGAGCAGAGAAGCCGGAGGUCGAGAACCCCACCCGGGACCGCAGACCCUGAGCGACCCGCGCGGCCCGCGCCGGGCCUGAAGAGGGCGGGGUUUCAGGCCGGCCAGCAAGGCCCGCAGCAAGCCGAGAGGUUACUCUCAGGCUCCAGGCCGCAGCCGCAGCCGCGCGUUUCCGGCGCGCUCCCCCGCGUCUUGCGUCCCGUGGUCUCGUCCGCCCCCGCUGCCAUGUUGGAUUGUGCGGCCGCCGCCGCUGCCGCCGCCGCGGGAGCGUUGGAGGAGGAGUUGGGAUUUUAGCGCAGUCGCCGGAGUGCGAGGACAACGGCCAUCCGGCCCUAGCCUAGCCGGGCGGGAGCUGGGAGCUUCCCUUUCUGAGUACGGCCCGAAGGCGGCCUGCCGUCAGCUUCCCCUUCUCUUGUCCUCCUCCCUGCUCCGCGGGAGCUUCGGGAUGCUGCUCAUCUGAAUCCCUCUGCCCGCCCCUGUCACCGAGAGGGGAAACGAGCUCGCCCAAGAGACGGCCCUGGACUCCCAGCCCCGCCGGCGAAACCAUGAGCUCCGGCCAGCAGCCGCCGCCCCCGCGGAAGGUCACCAACGUGGGGUCUUUGCUGCUCACCCCGCAGGAGAAUGAGUCCCUCUUCACUUUCCUCGGCAAGAAAUGUGUGACUAUGUCUUCAGCAGUGGUACAAUUAUAUGCAGCAGAUCGGAACUGUAUGUGGUCAAAGAAGUGCAGUGGUGUUGCUUGUCUUGUUAAGGACAAUCCACAAAGAUCUUAUUUUUUAAGAAUAUUUGACAUUAAGGAUGGGAAAUUAUUGUGGGAACAAGAACUAUACAAUAACUUUGUAUAUAAUAGUCCUAGAGGAUAUUUUCAUACCUUUGCUGGAGAUACUUGUCAAGUUGCUCUUAAUUUUGCCAAUGAAGAAGAAGCAAAAAAAUUCCGAAAAGCAGUUACAGACUUGUUGGGCCGACGACAAAGAAAAUCUGAGAAAAGACGAGACCCCCCAAAUGGUCCCAAUCUACCUAUGGCUACAGUUGAUAUAAAAAAUCCAGAAAUCACAACAAAUAGAUUUUAUAGUACCCAAGUCAACAACAUCUCCCAUACCAAAGAAAAGAAGAAAGGAAAAGCUAAAAAGAAGAGGUUAACCAAGGCAGAUAUUGGAACACCAAGCAACUUCCAGCAUAUUGGACAUGUUGGCUGGGAUCCAAAUACAGGCUUUGAUCUGAAUAAUUUGGAUCCAGAAUUGAAGAAUCUUUUUGAUUUAUGUGGAAUCUCAGAGGCACAACUUAAAGACCGAGAAACAUCAAAAGUUAUAUAUGACUUUAUUGAAAAAACAGGAGGUGUUGAAGCAGUUAAAAAUGAACUACGAAGACAAGGUCCACCACAAUGGAGUGCACCACCACCUCCACCACCAUCACGGGGAGGACCACCACCACCUCCUCCCCCUCCACAUAGCUCAGGCCCUCCUCCUCCUCCUGCCAGGGGAAGAGGUGCUCCUCCCCCACCACCUUCAAGAGCUCCCACAGCUGCACCUCCACCACCACCUCCUUCCAGGCCAGGUGUGGUCGUCCCUCCACCACCACCAAAUAGGGUGUAUCCUCCUCCACCUCCAGCCCUUCCCUCUUCAGCGCCUUCUGGGCCUCCACCACCACCUCCACCUCUAUCAGUGGUAGGAUCAGUGACAGCACCCCCACCACCUCCACCUCCGCCUCCACCAGGGCCACCGCCUCCCCCUGGCCUCCCUUCUGAUGGGGACCAUCAAGUUCCAACUCCUGCAGGAAACAAAGCAGCCCUUUUAGAUCAAAUCAGAGAGGGUGCUCAGCUAAAAAAAGUGGAACAGAACAGUCGACCAGUGUCCUGCUCUGGAAGGGAUGCGCUUUUAGACCAGAUACGACAGGGUAUUCAACUGAAAUCUGUGUCUGAUGGCCAAGAGUCUGCACCACCAACACCUGCACCCACUUCAGGAAUUGUGGGUGCAUUGAUGGAAGUAAUGCAGAAAAGGAGCAAAGCCAUUCAUUCUUCAGAUGAAGAUGAAGAUGAAGAUGAUGAAGAAGAUUUUGAGGAUGAUGAUGAAUGGGAAGACUGAUCUAUAUAUUAUAUAUAUAUAUAUUUUUAAGGUGAAAUACUAAACACUACUUUCUGUCUAUGGAUUCUGUAAAAUUAUCAUGUAAAUGUUCUACCAAUUUGCUGUAUAUUUUUGUUGCCUUUUUUGCUUUUUUUUUUAAUUAAUCUGUGCAAUACCUCAUUUAAUCUGUAAAGGUUUGUCAUAAUCCUCUACAAAGCUACUCCCUGUUACUGUGUACAAGUUUACACCAGGAUGCUCACUUGAUUUGUGAAUAUAUUUCAUUCCAUCAACAAGGGAGUUUAAAUACUGUAUGUGAGACUGACAAAAACCUUAAUGUAAUUUAGUUAUAAUGCCAGAAGGAAAACACUAUUUUCAUACCCUACUUUUUCUGUACCUAAAUUUUCUUAUUAAAAUCUAUUAUAGCACUACAUUCUUUUUUAAGUGAUGUAAACCUUAGUUUCUUUAGCCCCUUCAUUUUGAAUACAAUGCUACAUAUGAAUGUUGAAGUUGAUACCUUGCACAGUUCUCUAGACAUCACUACACUGAUGCCAUUUUUCAAAUUUUAGCAAUAUGCUCUGUAUGACAUCUCUACAAAGAUCCCAGUAGGGGAAAUCAGUUAUGUCUCUUACAGCAGCAUUGCUGUUACUGACACAGUAGUGGUGUUUGCAGGCUGGAACCACAGGGAAUCCUUCCUUCCAUACCUGUACUUGAUUGCGGUUACGUUUAUGCUGUAACAAAUGUGACAGGCUUUUUGGCAAAACUCUUAAAAAAUAUUUUUGAUAUUAUUCUGAAAAAUUAUUUAAGUUGGAGUUUAGAGGCUUUGGGGUAGUUUUAUUCUUCAUGAACCAUAAUGGUCAUUCUGUUUUUCAGUUUGUAUAGAUUGAGGUCUUCAAAAAUACCAACCAUAAAUAUCAAAUUAAUUAGCAAAGGUAUGUACUGUAAUGCUGAACCUAACAUACUGUAUAUUUUUCUUUUGAUAAUUUCCCAAGGUUUUUGUCAAAUGUCAAGUGAAGGGUUACAUUUUUCUUAAAAGAUUGAUGGUCCAAAUGUCAAUUUUCUUGAAACACAUAACUGAUUCUGAUUUAAUAGUUUUUUUAAAAAAAAUAAAACCUUACAACCUGCACAUUUGUUUAUGCAUACUAAAUGGUGUGUUAAAAUUAGGGUGUCCUUCCCUCUUUACAAUACACUAAUUCACCUAAAGAUGGUCAUUCAUAUUUAUAGUGCUAAUUAUCAUAUCUACCUACUUUGAAUUUUAGGUAGAAAAUUAUCUGAUUUAAAUACAGACAUAUUUUUCUCACAUUGAGUCAUAUGCAGAAUGUAGUUCCAAAUGUAUUUCAUUACUAUAGUCAUGAUACCCAACUAAAAAUCAUUCUAUCUAGAAUUGUUUCGACCAAAAUCUAGUAUUGGCAUGAUCUUGACAGGCUGGACCUGCAAGAUGUGGCUUGAAUUUUAACCAGUUUAUCACAUAAUCUCUAAUGAUCAUGCAUCUAGUUAUCAUAAAAAUAAUUUAAGAGGUUUAGUUGAUGAAAGCAGUAAGUGGUGCAGUAAAAUAGUUAAGUUAUUCAAAGAAUGUUACCUUCCUUGCAAGAGUAAUUUAAGUACAUGGGAAAGAUUCUAGAUUUUUGUUUCUUGUAAAAACAGCGCCCUUUGCUGCUAGAAACCUUUUCUGCUUACUAUUAUUUUUAUUGUGGCUUUAGCUCAGUGAACCUGGCGUGGAUAAGGUUGGACAGCUACUAACCAAUAAAAUCAAAAUUUUGUGCAGAUAUUAACUAGGACAUUAUAAUUAUUUUAAAUAAAUAACAUUAAGUCUGGUG